UCGGAGAUACAAAAUAUUCUUUUAGCUUUGUUUUGCAAAAAUAUAAAACCUCCAGUGGAGCAAAGUGAAACUACCUGCGUUUGAUAAUACUUUAUAACAUACUUUUAUUUAGUUUACUAAAGUGAAUUUAUGAAAAAAAUUAAGAGAAAAAUCACCUAAUAUUAUGUAUAAUCAACAGCAAUCUAUACCAAAAUUAAUAUUAGGUGAAGUGAAAAGUUCUGAAGGUUUUCCGCUGGAUGCCUUUAGUGAGCCGUAUCCCAGGAUAUAUAUAUUGCAUCGGGCGAUUUAAAGGACACACUACGCUUCAACCAACCAUCUUUUGAGUUUGUGUUAUAGCGUUCUAAAACAACAUCGUUUUGUAUCACUGUGACCAAGGAGAAAAUUUGAGCAGGCGGGCCAAAAAAUUUGUGCUAUUUCUGGACGCAACACAGUUUCGAAUACAACAGCAAAGAGGUAGUACUAACGGUCUCGUUCUGAGAGUCCAAUCAUCGACAACGUUGACAAAAUCAAGGAAAUCGUCAACCAGCAUGUGAGCAAAAUAAAGCGAAAAAACGUUGAGAGCUUUUUUCUUCACCUAAUAUAUUCAAAGAUAUAGUGAAAAAGAAGCAUACGCAUCUUUUGCAUAUUCUAUAUUUGAUAAUAGAAAGAAAAAAAAACACAUACAUAUGCAUUAAGCAAAAGGCAAUGUCAGCAAUAAUUUAUUAAAACGAAAAACAAAAAACAAAAAACUUAAAACUCAACUUGCAAUUUGUGCCUUUGUAUUUUUUACUGGAUAUCUGUAAUAGUUAACUACCAUUUCUUCUGGUGUUAAUUAACUUUUGUUCACAUAUUUGGUUAUCUAUGUAUAUCUACGUACUUAAUUCUAUUGAAACAAAAAAUGAGUGCCAGUGACAGUCAAUUGAAUCGGGGACCGCCGUAAUUCAGGACAAACUUGGACCAAGUGCUAGGAAGUAUCAAGUUCUCAUUGUGAACAGAUUUAAGCUACAAUGAGCAGCAAUAAUCUGCAGCAAUGGUGGGAAAACACAUAUCGUCAACAUCAGCUAAAUCAUGCUUUCAAUCCUUACAACUUACACGAUCUCCAGUCAAAAAGCGAGGUAUCGGAGUUAAAUCUGUUUCCACAGAUCGGUAACAACGAUUAUAGCGCAUCCACAAAUUACACUUUAACAAAUAAUCCAUAUGACAUAAACAGCGUCGAAGAUAAUUCCAUAUCUUCGCUAACGUUGCUUAUCAUGGCCAUAUCUUUUGGACUUGUAGUAUUUGGGGGCGUUUUAGGCAAUGCGACACUAUUGUUUACGCUUUGCUCAUCUUCUUCAGUGCGCUUGCGAAAUCCUCUAUUGCUAGCCGUUUGUCUUGCCGACUUACUAGUAACUGGCAUCUCAGCACCAAUUACGCUUUUAAAUGUAGCCUUAAACCGUAGGAGUAAUACUUUGCCGCUGAUAAUAUGCAAAAUCAUUCAUUAUGUGCAGGUUAUGCCGGUUGCCGCCAGUACCAUUUCAUUGCUAAUGCUCUCAUUGGAUCGUUAUGCUACAGUGAGACACCCGUGUUUAGCACAAUUGCGCCAGAGUCGCUAUCUGCAUGUGUCGCUAGCUAUGUUUUCAUGGAUAGCUUCAGCCGCCAUCAGUACACCUUUUUUGUUUACUUACGAAAUAACAGCAAACAACGCAAUCACCAGGAAAGAUGACAGCAUACAAUAUUCGACCUCGACAGAAGUUUUGCAAGGAGUUAACGAAAAUACUGAUAUGGAACGAUAUUUACAUUCUACUACCACUCCAAUUUCACCAAACGUCAUGAUCAGUUGUACUUCGGAUUCCGGCGCCAGUACCGUUUUAAUAUCUUUCAUUAUUGCCCAUACCUUUGUUGUUUUUAUUAUACCAGGAUUUGGUGUGUUAUUAAACCAUUAUGGUGUGCGUCAGAAAUUGUGUGCCCUCUCUUUAACUGCACGAGCUGCUCACGGUGAAUUACCGCUUCCUAUGCCCAUACUUCGCCGACAAACUCAUAUGGUAAUUGUUACUGGACUUGCUAACGCUCAGCAAGCAGCAGACUGUGCCGCCACAGAUGAUACUUCUAAUGGGCCUGACAUACAAAUGCAAAACUUGAAUCCCAGUCCAUUCGUUAAAGACGGUCACGUUUAUGUCAAAUCGUCCAACCCUAUCUCGCCCAGAGCAAUGCGCGAAGUUCGAGCCCACGCCCAACGUCAGCGUAUUAGCCAUAAUCCAGGAAACCGAUGUCCAGCAGCGCCGGGCAUACCGCUUCCACGGACUUCUACAUUACACUCAAGGCGGCGAUUGGCGAACAUGCUCAUCACAUCAGCGUUCAUAUUUAUAAUAUGCUGGGCUCCACACGUCUUUUGUAUAUUCUACACCACCUUUGGCUAUAAGUCCUAUUGCUCCAAAACUUCCAACUACUUCCAUUUACUAAUGGGUUAUAUGUACUCUGCCUUUAGUCCCGUCAUAUACUGGAUUCUGAACCACAACACACUCAAACAAUCUCCCUGUGCGCCAAUUAUACGUCUACGUUCUAUGCAGAAUUUCCUACGAUCUCGCUUUCGCUCCAACACUGUGCCGCCGCCGCCAUCGUCAACUAAUGAAGCUGCACUUGGCGCCUUUAAUCCGAAAUUGAUUAAACUAACUCCGAAACAAUAUAGAGCUCAAGCCUCUUCCCAUUAUCUCUAUUAGCUAGUGUGAUAUUUAUUAAUUCAGUCUUUCACAUUAAAAUCAUUGUAUGUAUGCAUGUGAACAUAUUUUCGUGGAUUUUAAACUGUUGUGGAAAAAUGUGCCAAAAUCAAACUAUUAGUUAUAUGUACAUUAUGUAUUAAUAACUAUACCAUAUAUAUACAUACAUACUAGAAUAACACCAACAAUAUUGCAGAUUUAAAUGACGUAAUGGAUUACAGUGCUUCAAAGCACAAAUAUAUACCUCAAUAUAAUGCAGAAAGUCGCCUUUUCAAGCUGAACUACCGAACGACUAAGCUUUUUAUAAUAUUGUUUUGUUCUAUGUAUUUACAAACGACUAGUAUAACAAUUUGAAACUAAUAGAAAACUAUAAAUAUAUAUAAAUAACUGUGCAUUUAGUCAAGGGCAUCUUUUCAUUGUGUUCACAAUAUGGAUCUACUUUUACCAAUAAACUUGUAUAUAUUUGUAUGUAUGGCUGACUUCUAAAACGUCAGUUACAGUGAAUAAAUCAAUAUAAAAUAAAGGCGCAUAAUCAUAGUCCUGAGUUAGAACACACUAAAGUUAAAGUAAUACUAAAAGGAUAAAACCGACUUUAUUUGCAAUUAUGUAUA